AUGGAUUCCCGGAUAUCCCGACUCUUGGACACGUCCUCUGCAAUGGCGGCCAUCACCAAGCACAAGGCAGAAGCAAUCAAGCUAGCUCGUGAACAAGGGGUAGCCGUCCAGGAGAUGUGUCGUCGUGCGAAAACUGAGGUUCCACCAUACGAGUUUGAAGAGUUAAUAGGCAAAGGUGCUUAUGGUCGUGUUUACAAAGGUCGCCAAAAACCGUCGGGCCGGGUGGUUGCCAUCAAAGUCCUAGAUAUUGACUCGCUAGACUACAAGUCGCUUCGAGACUUCAGGGAUGAGUCAAUAAAGGAUUUCAUCCAUGAGACAAAGGUGAUGAAGCAAGUGAAGGAUUCCGGUGCCAAAAACAUCAAUGAAAUUAUUGAAGCCAUAUCCAUUCACUCUCAGUUGUGGCUGGUUUGCGAGUACUGCCCCGGUGGCAGUGUCCGUACCUUGAUGCGUGCAACGAACGACAAGCUCGAUGAGAGAUACAUCAUUCCAAUCGCUCGUGAACUAGCUGUGGGACUUCACGCUAUUCACGAGGCUGGAAUCAUUCAUCGCGAUGUGAAAGCUGCAAAUAUUCUUAUUCAUGAAGAGGGUCGUCUGGAAAUUUGUGACUUCGGUGUUGCUGGUGUUCUCCAAUCACAGCGAGACAAACGAUCCACCUGGAUUGGAACACCGCACUGGAUGCCGCCAGAGAUGUUUGCAACUCGUGGAGAGGCCCAUCAAUACGGGAAUGAGAUCGAUGUGUGGGCGUAUGGCUGCACACUAUUUGAAUUCGCGAACGGGAACCCGCCAAACGCAGGCCUGAGGGAACGAAUGCAAAUCGGUCGUCAAUUAAAUCGAAAGACUCCCCAGCUGGACAGCGAUAAGUACAGCCAAGGCCUGAAGGAUCUUAUUGCCUACGCCCUUGACUCUAAUCCAGAGACUCGCCCUACCAUGGCAGACAUCCUUGCCCACCCCUACAUUGCCGACACAGAUGAGGGAUAUCCGACCGCCUCUGUGAGUGAGUUGGUGACGAACUAUUAUCAGUGGUCCCAGCGAGGAGGCCAAAGGAUUUCUUUGUUCCAUCCAGGCGGCGCCGCAGCAGCUGAACUCCCAGGCAUCGAGGAGUCAGAAGAUGACUGGAAUUUUAGUACAACAGAUGGGUUCGAGCGAAGAUUCUCUGUCAUUGACCUGGAUGAAAUUGCUGCCUCGUUGGCAGAGAUGGAAAAGUCAUUCAGUCCUACCGACAUAGCACCUGAGAAUGACAUGUACGAAAAGUUUUCGGUGGACGAUCUUAACUACGAAGACAAAGUCAAUUUCGAUGAACGUGUGCGCCGAGGUGCAGAGGCAAUGGAAGGCCUCUUUGAUGAACUGAAGCCCAUCUACACAUACGAAACAAAAAAUGACUUUGUCCCCAUCGAACCAGCGCAACCCACUUCAGACCUACCCCUCCGUGCGGAAACAGACCGUUCUUCAGUCACAUCAACCUUUCUCGAUAUCGACAUCGGGUCAUUCGAGGCCUCCCACUAUGCAGCAGGGGCUCCAUCUGCGCAGCCAUUCCAAUUGGUCGAUGCCAACACUAUCCGCGCGAACCGGUCCAGUUUUCGAUUGCACCGAACCUCCUCUGAGACUAGCUCGAAGUCGCCAAACGGCAGUGUGGUUAGCGAUGAAAACCUUGAGGACACAUUCGUGCCGUCUGGUCCCCGACCUCCUACUAUGGACUGGAAAUUCCCAUCAUUCACACAAGCUGAAGAGGAAAAACCGGAAGAACAUGAGGAGGCUCCUACACAGGAGCCCAUGCCGGAGGAGUCUUUCCAAGCAGAGAAGCGAGCCACCAUGCAAUGGACAUUCCCGGUCAUGGGAUCCGUUCCCGAGAGCCAAACCUACGAUGACGGACAUGACACCCUUCGGGCUCCGCUUCCUGAGGUUAAGCCUCCACCGCAAUCGCAGCCACUAUCAAUAGAGGAACCAGGUGACUCACGUCCUUCGACUGCAGCGUCCAAUAUCUCUGACUCAGAUUACGAUCCCUUCCGCUUCGAUCGCCCCACCACCCCAGAAGGUGCAAAUUCGCUUCAUCAUAGUCAUUUCUUUGACACAGAACUCCCUGCAAUGAUGGAAUUAGCCGGUUACAAUGAAUAUGAGGCUUCCGGGAUCCUCGACGGCCCGGGCCCAGACGAGGAAUCUCACCCUGUAUGGAAGGAGCACUCCAGGACUUCCUCGUACGAAGAUGGUAUGGCGGCUUUACGCACGGCCGUUCCAAUUCCCCAAACCCCCACUGCUUCCUCGGUAACUUCGGGCCCAGUCUCAGAACCGGGAUCUCCCGUGUUCGAAGCUAUGCGAAAUGUACGACACGACACAUCUGGAAUCCCCAUUUCACAGGCGCAAGGCAAGGGACCAAUCCCCUUUCCAGCUCUCAACCCCCCAAGUGCGGCGAGCCUGAUGGAGGGUAUGGAUGAUAGUGUGGUGACAGCAGAGCUUGAUCGUUUGUUGAAAGAUUUCCUGGAUUCCCUUUCGGCAACUGGUGAGGUGUUGUCGCGGGCUGGGAUCAAAUAUGAGAUGAAUGGUAAUCGUGUUGUUGAGCAGGUCUAG